GCGGCGUGGAGCGGACGGAGCGAAGCGUCCAGGACAAGUUGUGUCGACGGGACACGGAGAGCAACGCCGACCGCAAACAAACUGCACCGGAGUUGACUUGGAAGUGGACUGAGACCCUCCUUUCCGAGCAGAUGUGUAGUCUGCGCCAGAGAGAUGGUAUGAAGAGACAGCCCAUAUUGCAUUGGACGAGAGCCAGCUGUGUCAGAAGAGGUUCGUCUUUCAAGGGACAUCUGAAAAUGCGCAGUGCGGAGGGGGCUCCCGUUGCGAAGGUGGCUGUAAUUGAAGUGGAAAUGACAAAAGGGACUCCACAGUCCCAGCUGCCAGGAAGGACUGAAAGCCCAGAGAGAAGUUAGAGGAGCCAGUAUGUAGAGGAGCAGGAGGAGGGACGGUGAUGCCGUGAGCGCUGAAUUUUUUCCAGAUGCUGAAAAGCUGAAAGCGUUCCUGCAAGCUGCAAUGGGACACAGUAAGGCCGUGGACAUGAUAAGAAAUCUCUGCAGUGCUCCUUUUCAAUUAUAACACCAGCACUAGAAAGUAGAGAAGUCCAUUAUCUGAAAUUAAUGUCAGCUGUGUUGCGGAGGCAGCCUCAAGCUGCACCGCCAGAUCUAAGACAACCCAUGGAGGCGUGGCCUCAACAGUUCCUACACUGCUGCCUCUGGUAACACCAGCCAAGUGAACAGCGAUGCCAUCUAAGGUCUCCUGCUUAUACUUGCUGACAGUGGUUUGUUGGGCCAGCGCUCUGUGGUACUUGAGUGUGUCCCGGCCCUCCACUUCCUAUGUGGGCCAGCUGACUAUCCCAAUACGCAAGACGCCCAAUCUGAACAAGAAUGCCACCUUCAGCAACAUCCGUACACGCUCACUCAACCCGCACGACUUUGGCUACCUCAUCAAUGAGGCCAGGAAGUGCGAGGCGGAGCCUCCCUUUCUUGUCAUCCUGAUCAGCACCACCCACAAGGAAUUUGACGCCCGUCAGGCCAUCAGAGAGACAUGGGGUGAUGAGAGCACGUUUCCAGACGUGCGUGUGGUCACCCUCUUCCUGUUGGGCCGCAGUACUGAUACUGUUCUCAACCAGAUGGUGGAGCAGGAGAGUCAGAUCUUUCAUGACAUUGUGGUGGAGGAUUUUAUUGACUCUUACCACAAUCUUACUCUGAAGACGCUGAUGGGCAUGCGUUGGGUGGCCACCUUUUGCUCUAAGGCUCAAUAUGUCCUCAAGACGGACAGUGACAUCUUUGUCAACAUGGAGAACCUCAUCUACAACCUCCUGAAGCCCACCACCAAGCCCAGGAGGAGGUACUUCACCGGCUACGUCAUCAACGGUGGGCCAAUCAGAGACAUGCGCAGCAAGUGGUACAUGCCCAGGGAUCUGUACCCAGAGAGCAAGUACCCCCCAUUCUGCUCUGGCACUGGUUACGUCUUCUCAGCAGACGUGGCCGAGCUCAUAUACAAGACCUCGCUACACACCCGACUGCUCCACCUGGAGGAUGUGUACGUCGGCGUGUGCCUCCGUAAGCUCGGCAUUCACCCCUUUCAGAACAGCGGCUUCAACCACUGGAAGAUGGCCUACAGCCUUUGCCGCUACCGCCGGGUGGUCACCGUCCACCAGAUCUCCCCCGAGGAGAUGCACCGUAUCUGGAAUGACAUGACCAGCAAGAAACACCUUAAAUGUUAGCAGGACUGUUUACACUAGCGCCAGUUGGAGAGUUGGGGAGGAAUUGAAUGCCCAUUUAUCAACUGCUUCUCCACCACUGGCAUUGGUAAAUACUGUACAGCACAUAGCAUUGAGCUGAAGGAACAAUAUUGACGAAGAAUCCAGGGCUUUGUCCGGCCACUGAUUGCUUUGCCAGGAGUCUCUGUAGUGAAAGGCCAAAGCAAACCUCUCUGUAUUAUGUCCUCCCUCACUCCAAGGUGUUAUGAGUCCUACUCAGCGCAGACUCUUUGGCACAAAGUUGGAAAUGUUUUCCGAGAUGUGCAAAAUGUUCAGGCGGUGGGUCAUCAUUGCCAGCAGCACCAUCAUUUUUAUAGGAAAUUAUAAAACAGGAAGCUUGGAGGCUUGUAUCAAACCGCUCAUUUCUACAAGACACAAACUGUCCCCAGUUCCUUAACAGCAGAUUACAUUAUUGCCAACAUAGUUCUUUGAACCCAGACAUUUGCCUCUUGGGUUGAUCACAAGCUCUAAUUAUGAAUGUUCCUCAUGUAUUCUCAGUUGUUGUAUUUUCUGACCAAGGUGUUAAUGUUGGAUGUACUGUCUGGUACUGCAGCAGCUGUCAUCAUCAUAAGGACCAUGGUGAGUUUACAGUGUAAUGACUCAUUUAAAUAGGCUGAAACAUGUGUGUCAUGUUGUUCUUACUCCAGAAAAACUGUGGAUUAGGAUUAUUAAUGAGCGGACCUGGUUGCCUCUGUAAUAUUCUUCUCAGAAUCCGACAUAUUUUCUUACAACAGAUCCACAGAUCUUUGUGAAAAUUUCUUCAAGAAGUAUCCAGACGGCAUGAAGAUAUCGGCUGCUUGCAUUCCCAAGUGAAUGUUACUUCUGUUAAUGUGUAAUGUGCGGUUAUUUGUCUCAGGCAGUGCUGUGAGCAGGCUGCAGACUAUUAUAUUUUCUAUUACUUGAACAUGAAGGAGAACAGAUGUACUGUAAGAGCAGUGGAGAGUGGAGAGACAAAUAUAACACUUUUGAGUGCUUUCUUCUUUUCAAUUACUUGAGAUUAAAUAAACCGCUUUUAUAAGA